AUGCCUCAAAAGUCCAGUAAAGCGGGGAAUAACCCUCCAGCUAACCCGCAGCCUGCUGUUCAACCGGUCCCCUCGCCCCGCGGUGACUCUUCUCCCCCGGAGAACACCUGCGCCGCGCCGGCUCCCGCCGCGGAGUUCAGCCAGCUCAAGACGGAACUGCUCUCCGCUCUUCGCAAUGAUGUUGCGGCUAUAUUUAAGACAGAGCUACAAGCAACAUUGACUACAGUUAUGGGGAUGGAGCAGUCUCUCUCCAACUGUUCAGACGACAUCGUUGCUCUUCAGAAGAAAGUUGAUCACUUGUCGAAAGAAUGUGUGAGGCUGGAAGACAGGCGCGAGGAUUUGGAGUCAAGGUCUCGUCGUCAGAACAUACGGAUUAUUGGUGUCCCGGAGGAGGAUCCUGAUUCUUCAUCUGCAGCCGGUGUGUCCAAACUCUUAUCAGAAGCCUUCGCCCUUGACGCGGAGCCGCUGAUUGACAGGGCUCACCGUACUCUCAUGCCAAAGCCCAAGCCCGGUGACCGUCCCCGCGCUAUAGUGGCCAAGCUUCAUUAUUACACGGACUGCGCUGAUAUCCUCAGAAAGGCGAGAGAGCGGCAGCGGAUAAAGGUUCGGAAUAUGACCAUCUCCGUCUUCCCGGAUCACACCGCUAAGACAGCGCGGGCUCGCGCUGCCUUUAAUGAUGUGCGGCGUCAGCUGCGGGAGAUUGAAGGAUUUCGGAUCCAGGACCGGGAUCAGAACCAGGAUCAGAACCAGGACCAGGAUCAGAUCCAGGACCGGGAUCAGAACCAGGACCGGGAUCAGAACCAGAACCAGGACCAGGAGUCCAGCAGGACCAAAGCGGACUCUUCCUCCGCUGGUCUGCAGAAACAUAAAGCCAAAGAGAGAAAAAAUAGGAGGGAUAAAGUCCUCGCCACUUCACCAGGUCUGAAGGUCCGAAAGAGGAUUCAUACUGAAGAGAAGCCGCACACCUGUGAUCAGUGUGGGCGAGCUUUUACCACGUCAAGUAUUUUAAGGCGUCAUCAGCGUAUCCACACUGGAGAAAAGCCGUACAAAUGUGAUCAGUGUGGGGCAGCUUUUACCCAACAAGGUAGUCUAAUGAGUCAUCAGCGUAUUCACACUGGAGAAAAGCCGUACAAAUGUGAUCAGUGUGGGGCAGCUUUUACCUUGUCAGGUCAUCUAAGGAAUCAUCAGCAUAUUCACACUGGAUUUAAGCCUUACAGAUGUGAUCAGUGUGAGGCAGCUUUUACCCGACAAGGUAAUCUAAGGCGUCAUCAGUGUAUUCACACUGGAUUUAAGCCUUACAGAUGUGAUCAGUGUGGGGCAGCUUUUACCCGACAAGGUCAUCUAAGGCGCCAUCAGCGUAUUCACACUGGAUUUAAGCCAUACAGAUGUGAUCAGUGUGAGGCAGCUUUUACCCGACAAGGUAGUCUAAGGAUUCAUCAGUGUAUUCACACUGGGGAUAAGCCUUACAGAUGUGAUCAGUGUGGGGCAGCUUUUACCCGACAAGGUGAUCUAAGGAGUCAUCAGCGUAUUCACACUGGGGAUAAGCCUUACAGAUGUGAUCAGUGUGGGGCAGCUUUUACCAAACAAGGUAAUCUAAGGAGUCAUCAGUGUGUCCACACUGGUGAUAAGCCGUACAGAUGUGAUCAGUGUGGGGCAGCUUUUACCCAACAAGGUCAUCUAAGGAGUCAUCAGCGUAUUCACACUGGGGAUAAGCCUUACAAAUGUGAUCAGUGUAGGGCAGCUUUUACCCGACAAGAUAGUCUAAGGAUUCAUCAGUGUAUUCACACUGGGGAUAAGCCUUACAGAUGUGAUCAGUGUGGGGCAGCUUUUACCCGACGAAGUAGUCUAAGGAGUCAUCAGCGUAUUCACACUGGGGAUAAGCCUUACAGAUGUGAUCAGUGUGGGGCAGCUUUUACCGAACAAGGUAGUCUAAGGAGUCAUCAGCGUAUUCACACUGGGGAUAAGCCUUACAGAUGUGAUCAGUAUGGGGCAGCUUUUACCCAACGAGGUAGUCUAAGGCGUCAUCAGCGUAUUCACACCAGAUAAAAAAUUGUCUGUGAUCAGCGUGGGGCAGCUUUUACUUGGAGAGCUCAGUUAAAGGUGCCAAUUUAGACAUGUUAUGUUGUUCUGAGAAAAAAAGAAAUCUGGAGUUUUGUUUUCAGUUUUAACUGAAAAAUGUGUUUAAAUUAGAUUCUUUAUCAGUUUAUGUUCCAUUGUUACAUCAUUUAAAUAAAAAAGUUCUUUGUUUGCCUGCUGGAUUUCAGUUUCCUGCUCACUGCAAUCUCACAACAAGACAUCAUUGUCAGAAUAUUAGAAAAGACUCACAGUAGUGCGUUUUUCAUGUGAUUUUUAUCACCAUACGUAUUAUUAAUGCUGGAUAUAAAUUCCCUCUGGACCUGAAAUAAUUCUAAAAUGACACCAUGACAUCUGUAUUUCGUUCAGCUGAUUCACACUAGAUAAGUGAAAUCUAUGUUGUACUGCCCUCAUUCUGUUGAACAAUUCCUUUUAUUUAACACUACAUUUUAAUAUUGAGUCAAAAGCAACUGAGCAGACACUUAAGCAUUAGAUUUCAGUGACUACCAUGUCACAAUCUGAAAAGGGACCAAAUGAAUAAAAAAAGCAUUAUUGCCAUACAGUUUGUUUUAAGUUACUAUGCUAACGGUAAACUUAAUGGUAAAUGUAAUCAGAGCUUAAGUCCUCCGACAGUAAACUGAAUCUCUCUCACUUAAGACACAAAUGUAAUGUGCUUUUGUUAAACAAUAUUUUUGUGUUAAAAUGUUUUGAUUCAUGUCCCUAUAUUGUAUGUCCUAAUAUGUCAGGAGGGGAUCUUUCAGGUUGUGUUUUUAAUAAAACUGAAAA